AUGGAAAUUGAAUGGGUACAAAUAAAUGUGAUCAGUGCGUACGCCCCACAGGUGGGGUGUGAGUUGGACGAAAUGGAGGAGUUCUGGAGUGAGGUGGAGGAAGUGAUACAGAACAUCCCCAGAGAGGAGAGGGUUGUUAUUGGAGCAGACUUUAAUGUACAUAUCGGAGAAGGAAACAAUGGUGACGAGGAUGUGAUGGGCAAAUAUGGCGUGGGAAAGAGAAAUGAGGAGGGACAGAUGGUUGUUGACUGUGCGAAACAGAUGGAGAUGGCAUUAGUGAACACCUAUUUUAAGAAGAGGGGGGAGCACAGAGUUACACAUAUGAGUGGAGGAAGGAGCACACAAGUAGAAUUUAUACUGCGUAGGGAAUACAACUUGAAAGAGUUUAGUGAUUGUAAGGUUGUGCCCGGGGAAAGUGUAGCAAAACAGCAUAGAGUGUUAGUUGGGAACCUGAGCCUUAAACUGUAG